AUGUUCACGAGUCGAUCCCGUACUAUGAAGGACACAGCCGCGCAUGGCACCGGUGUUGUUGGCCUAAUCGCUGGAGCAAUGGGUGGUGUGAACCCAAAUGUACUCAUUAUCCCUUUAGCUUUGGACCCCUCAUUGUCCACGCUCUGUAUACUCCGCGCUCUUAGGACUGGACUGUCGCUGCAACUUGGGACAGCGACCCCCUUCCAGUUCAUAACCGGAAUGUUCACUCCACGAAGAGCAGUCCUGAACUUUUCGGCUGGGACCCCGUUUUUGCCGGACAUUGGUGUGGGUGGGGGCGCUCAUGGUGCCUGGGAGGCAAUGCUACCCCGAUUAAACGCUUCUAAUGUCACAACCGCCGGUAAUGAUGGUCCCCAAGCCCUCGUUACCAAUAGCUCGCCACAAAUUCAUGGAGGGCCAAAUUCGACACUUAUUGUUGUAGGCGCAACCGACGCAAGUGGUCUUCCGACACUUUCAACUCAGUUUGCACCUGCUCAUUUGGCGCUUGUCGAUAUUUACGCCAUUGGCGAAAAGGUCUUAGUACCCUGGGCCGACCUUGGCGUUCCCGGUCAGAGCAACCGCUUUACCACCAGGAGUGGUACAUCUUUCGCCGCCCCGAUCAUUACUGGUCUCCUUUCAAUGCUUAUCGCUAGACAAGAUGUUACAGGCACAGUCAACAAUGGAGUUAUGGCCAAGAACGUAUUAAGAAACCAAGCCAUCAACUUCAAAGGCCAGGUCUGGUCCAAUAUCGAAGGUUAUUUCAUUCCACGGGCUGCGACUCCUUGGGGCCCAAUAGCUUGCCCACAGCCUGCAAGGUUCUUCAACCCAAUGACAAGCUUCUCGUUCCAGAAUGUACCUACAAACGUGCCAGUUAUUGCGACAUCUGCAGUAACCUUAAAUUUUGCGUCAUACACUGUAGCUCGCCCAUCUCAGACUCCAUAUAGAGUACCAACGUCUAUAUUUUAG